CUCCCCUGUCUCCUCCGCAGCAUAUCCUUCGACCAUCGGAGGAAGGUGUGAAGGUUUUGAAGGCUGCCCACCCCACUAUGUCCAUGGCCUUUUCCGCUUCUUCUGACCAAUCCCCUGCUCCUCCUGACUCAUCUCUCAUUGCUCAAGAGAACAAGGAUGGACCCGUGACUUCCAAGGAAGCCCCAGCACCGUCGGAAGACAAGAGUCUUCUGGCAGAUGAACCCUCGGAGAAAACUCUGGAGCUUGCCGCUGAGUUGUUCGAUCAGGGAUCCAAGGCCAUAGAGGAUGGGGAUUUUGUUGAAGCGGUCGAUUGCCUCAGCCGUGCCCUUGAAAUCAGAGUUGCACAUUAUGGAGAGCUUGCUCCAGAAUGUGCCAACACCUACUACAAGUAUGGAUAUGCUCUGUUAUUUAAGGCGCGGGAGGAAGCUGAUCCACUUGGUGAUGUGCCUAAGAACACUCAAAAGAAUGCUGAGAGUACUGAAUCCAUUAUAAGUGCAGAAGAAAGUGCAUAUCUGAAGGUUUCUACUACUGAUAACAAAAAAGAUUGUGCCUCCACAAACAAUGUUGAGUCAGGAGAAGGGUCUGGUGAGAGGGAUGAGGAAAAUAAUGAGCAAAGUGAUGGCGAGGAGUGUGUGGACGCAGAUGAAGAUGAAUCGGAUCUGGAUCUAUCAUGGAAAAUGCUAGAUGUCGCCAGGGCAAUUGUUGAGAAGCGGCCAGAAGAUACAAUUGAAAAAGUAAAUAUUUUGGCUGCUCUUGGUGAGGUGUCCAUGGAAAGAGGUUGGUUGAGGGAUAUUGAGACUUCCUUGAAUGAUUAUUUGAAGGCUCUUUCCAUUCUGAGACGAUUAGUUGAAGUGGACAACCGACGUGUUAUUGAAUUAAAUUUUAGGAUAUGCUUGGUCCUGGAAGUGGGUUCAAAGGUUCAGGAGGCUAUACCUUAUUGCCGGGAAGCUAUUAAACUAUGCCACUCUCGUUUAGGACGGCUCAAGGAGGAAGGCAUGAACACUGACGACUCUCUAGUAAAUGUUUUCAAUGCCCAUCCUGAGAGCUCUAAAAGUGGCGAUCAAUCACAAGGUGUUUGCCACCAUGCAGAAGAGAUAAAGGUGCUAAGUGGCAUCUUGAGCGAGCUUGAGAAGAAGCUGGAGGAUCUGCAACAAGCUGUGGUUAACCCAAAGUCCAUAUUCUCUGAAGUUAUGAAGAUGGUUGCUUCAAAGUCCACAUCUAGCUCGAUGGAUUUCCCUGACAGAGAAUCUGAAUCAUUAUCAUUAAACUCUUCACAAAAGGGUGUUGUUAGUGGUGAUUUUGAUUCCCCUACAAUAUCUUCAGCUGGUACAAAUGGUUCUGUUACACAUCUUGGUGUUGUUGGCAGAGGUGUAAAGCGAGCCGUGGUUCACCCGAUAGUUGGUGAAUCUUCACAUAAGAAACCCUCUUUGGACUUGCCUGCAGAGAAGACUGACAGUGGCAACAUUUCAGAGUUGGUUGAUUCAUCUGGCUGCUCAAAUCAUGAAUCAUCCAUAAAUUAGGCUAUAAUCUGUCAUUUUUCUUGUGGUGUCUGUUUGUAGUUAGUUUUCAUUAGGAUAUGCUGGCUGUUGUCUGUGCUUUUUUAUGAAAAUUCCAAAGCUAUAUCACAGAGCAUAAUUCUCAUGUUCUUAUGUUGCUGUAUUCACCAGUUGAAUUCUCUAACGGAACUCACUCUAGCAAGGAUUUCAAUGCUGUGAAUCCAGUGAUCACAAUGUUUGCUGAUUUA